AUGUCGACACCCGCGGUUCCCCUCCUCAAACCGCCCGUGCCGGGUAAUCGCAACAACAGCAAUGGUCCCCGACCUCCAAAGCUCACCUUGGGGAUUCCCCCGUCACCCAACGCUCGUCCCGUAACCGGUAACGGUAUACCUGCUCCGGCGCCCGUCCCAGCGCCCGCUCUAGCCCCCGAAGUGCCACAGCUCCAGCGCCCGUCCACCCGCCCGGCACCCCCGCAACUGCGACUUGCGACCCCGAUGGGCAGCAGUAAGAAUAUCCAACAAGUCAAUGGUCGCCCAGCUCCCCCGCCUCUAGCCACCAGUGGAUUGAACGAACCGAACGGACACUCGCGGUCAGGUAGCUUCAACUAUUUGGAUGGAAAGGCCAGUGGCCCCGCAUCCGCGUCAUCGUCAAACUACUCGGCGUUGUCGUUCGCCAUGGGUCUUCGUCAACCACAGGGGAGCACUCCGGAUCCGUCUUCUGCUAUUAGUUCGGUUUACUCCGAUCGGGAAGGAGGUGUGCAGAUGGAGCGUGACAGCAGCAAGAAGAUCGUGGAGUUGGGCAGUCUGGGUGAGGGGGCGGGAGGUGCGGUCACUCGUUGCAAGCUCAAGGAGGGAAAGACGGUCUUCGCGUUGAAGAUUAUCACAACCGACCCCAACCCAGAUGUGAAGAAGCAGAUUGUUCGGGAACUCAACUUCAACAAGGACUGUGCCUCAGAGCAUAUCUGUCGGUAUUACGGUGCAUUCAUGGACAAGUCUACCGGUACGAUUUCGAUCGCAAUGGAGUUCUGUGAGGGGGGCAGUCUAGACAGUAUCUACAAAGAAGUGAAGAAACUAGGCGGUCGAACAGGAGAGAAGGUGCUGGGUAAGGUCGCAGAAGGGGUAUUGAACGGCUUAACAUAUCUGCACAGUAGAAAGAUUAUCCAUCGAGACAUCAAACCGUCAAAUAUUCUCUUGUGCCGCAACGGACAGGUCAAGCUAUGUGAUUUCGGCGUGAGUGGAGAGUUCGGUACCAAGGGAGAUGCCAAUACAUUCAUCGGCACUUCCUAUUACAUGGCCCCCGAACGGAUCACCGGUCAAUCUUAUACGAUUACUUCGGACGUCUGGUCUCUAGGCGUAACGCUACUUGAAGUUGCCCAGCAUCGCUUCCCUUUCCCGGCCGAUGGAACCGAAAUGCAGCCCCGCGCUGGGUUAAUCGACCUCCUUACAUACAUCGUUCGCCAGCCGAUUCCGAAGCUGAAGGAUGAGCCGGAUAACGGUAUUCGCUGGUCUGAUAGCUUCAAGUACUUUAUAGAAUGCUGUCUCGAGAAAGAGCCUCCACGAAGAGCGACUCCAUGGCGGAUGCUGGAUCAUCCUUGGAUGCUGGACAUGAAAAACAAAAAAGUCAACAUGGCGAACUUCGUGCGACAGGUGUGGGGUUGGGACAACUAG